AGUGUGUCGGCGGCGCGCGCGCACAUGUGGCGGCGAAGCGUCGCGCGACGAACGUGAGUGCCGCGGUGUCCAUGUGAAGUGAAGUGCCAACUGACAUGAUGCUGGGCGGCAUGGACGGCAAGGAGUACGGGGCGCUGCACGCCGCAGCCGCCGCCGCGGGCUACGCGAUGGAUACCGACCCGAGUGCGGCGGGUAUGGGCAACCCGGGCGUGGCGGGCAGCGGCACGCAGCAGUACGGAGAGGUGAACCAGCUCGGCGGGGUCUUCGUCAACGGCAGACCGCUGCCCAACGCGGUGCGGCUGAGGAUAGUCGAGCUGGCACAGCUUGGGAUCAGGCCAUGCGACAUCAGCCGGCAGCUGCGAGUGUCGCACGGCUGCGUCUCCAAGAUCCUGGCGCGCUACCACGAGACCGGCUCCAUCCUGCCCGGAGCCAUCGGCGGGUCGAAGCCCAGGGUCACCACACCUAAGGUGGUAUCAUACAUAAAGCAACUGAAGGCGAAGGACCCUGGCAUCUUCGCGUGGGAGAUCCGGGACCGGCUGCUGGCGGACGGCGUGUGCGACAAGUACAACGUGCCGUCCGUGUCCAGCAUCAGCCGCAUCCUGCGCAACAAGCUGGGCGGCGGCGCGCUGUACCCCGUGCCGCCGCUCUACCCCGUGCCGCCGCAGCGCUGCUGGCCGCUGCACCAGCCCUACGACUACUACGUCUACCUACAGGGUCGUCAGCACACAGCAGGCAACCCCCACGCGCUGCCUCACCCCCAUCAGCAGCCGCCCCCACCCCACCAUGCGCAUGCGCAUGCCCUCUGACACGCGCGCCUCGCCACCAAUCACGACCGGUGAUUAACAUAGCCGGUGAUUACUAGAUCGCCACCAGUGGCCAGUGAUCACCCAGUGAAGUGAAGUGAUACUAUUAGUGAUCGUGGUACUAUUUAGUGACGGAGUGAUAUGUGACACUAUUGCAGGGUACGUGCGUCACGACUGAGAUUAGUAGAGUAAGAUAUACUUUGUAUCGCUGUACGAUGUGCGCAGCAUGUUCAAAGGGUCAUAGAUUUGUAAAGUAAUGGUACAAAGAAGAUAUAUUAGGAAUACAAAAUUGUAUAAGUUCGCAUUUCGCAAUAUUACUCGAAAUAUAAAGCAAUGUAAAUGGGAGUUUUUAAUGUGAUGAUGUAAAAUAAAGGUCUGUGUGACACUACUACGCGCAGUCUCAAUAACCUAGCGGAAAUGUCGCCUAUUGCAAAUGAAAUUAAGAUUAAUUUUAUAUGUUAAGUUAUUGAGACUGGUAGUUAGUGUCUCCGACCAUAUAGUUGUCGCCAGGGCCUGGUUCAGAGUGCAGCGUGAUAUAGAAGUGACAAACUGAUCUUGUAGUGAUAAACAUUUGUUGAUAAAAAGUAUUACCUUAUUAUUAUUGUAUAUACGAUACGUUAUCACGUGUAAGAUACAUAGAUUCUAUUCAAUAUAUGUUUACAAGGCGAUUCAUAUCAUAGAUUUGGUAAAAGGAAAAUUAUAAUGGAAUUGUCAACAAUGCUGACGCAGAGAUAAUGUUCGUCAUUGAGUUGCAUAAUUUGUUAUCAAUUACAUAUUUUGUUGAUAAUUCAAAUUGUGUUUUGUUAAAAUUGUAUUCUUGUUAGCUUUGUGGCUACAUUUAUGCGAAGAGCUGCGCGCCGACGGUAACUGUCCGUCGGAAUAAAAGAUUGUACAGUCUACUGGUUCAGUAGCUUGAACAUGAAACGAUAGAAAGUAUAUAAAUGGGAUAUUAUUAAUCUCUACUUAAAUAGCUAAUUUACUAAUAUUUUCUGGACACGAUGAUGUUACUAAUUAAGGUCGCAGGAAGCCGCUGGAUGCAGGUCGCGUCCAACCGGCCUAUCUAGAAGUCAUUGGGGAAGGCCUAUGUUUAACAGUAGACGUCUUGUGGCUUAUAUGAUGAUGAUGUUAAAUUAUACGAAAUACUUUGUGAUAUGAAUCGUCUCGUAACUUGUAGAUACUUAUGUGUAAGUUAUGGUUUUAAUAAACAGAGCGAUGCGGAUGUCCUCAGCUAUUUAUGUAUGGGUGCAAUCAUGUAAAUAUUUAGUUCGAACACCACACGUGUACUUACCUUAAACAAACUAUUAAUAUUACUUCUAAUAUUUAAUUUUAUUCAUAAAACUAUUUGUUGAACAGAAAUGGUAUCUAUCGCACAGAUAAUAAAGGUUAUAUGUUGAUAGUAUGUUUUGUUCAAUUUAUGAUUUCUUUCUGUCUCUAUUCUCUAACUGCCGUGUCUCAAUGUAUGUGAUAAGUAAAUGGAUGUUAUAAUAUAAAUGAAACUGAAUUAAAAUUGUGAUACACUAACUGG